AUGCUGAGCACCCCCGCUAGACUUUUUUUUACCUUUUUUCAACAACUGGCAGAGAAAAAUCACCACGUGACGGUCGAACUGAAAAAUGACUUGCAAAUAUCUGGGGUCUUGCACUCAGUAGACCAAUAUCUGAACAUAAAAUUGACCAAUGUAACUGUGAAUCACCCGGAGAAGUAUCCUCACUUGCUGUCCAUCAAGUCCUGCUUCGUGCGGGGCUCAGUCGUGAGGUAUGUUUUCCUGCCAUCCAAGGAAAUCGACGUGGAGAAGUUACACCAUAUGUGCAGGAAGGAAGCCAAAAUGACUUCGGAGAAGGAAAAGGAGAGAAAGUGA